GUGGAUUGUUAUCGCGAGAAUUACACCACCGACAAAAACCAUGGGGAGGACCGGAAUGUGAGUCUUUUCACAGCUGUUUAGAAAAGGUAGAGAUUUAUGUUACCUCUGGAAACCAUACAUUUACGUUUCCAUGUGGUUCUUCUGUAUUUAUGAUUCUACAGGAGUUGUUAAUGGUUCAAAAUGAUGCCAUUUGAACUAAACCGGGGGAAAAUGUUGGCGAAAGUGUUUCAGUGUAGUGUUAGGACCGAUGGGUUUUAGUUGUCAGUUAUUUAGAUACAAACAUUGACUUGAGUCUUUGAGUCUAGAAAUAUUGUUAUUUGCUCAUCUGGAAGUGUAGUGAGAAAUGUGAGGAUAAACAACACGAUAGACUCCACGUGCACUUUGGGCUACACUGUGGAACGUCAAAUACCGACGCAAUCGUGUUGUUUCGUUCGUGAACGAUUCGUUUAAAAGAUCCGAAUCUUUGAAAUGAACGUACUGAACCUAAUCAUUUAUCGUUUCUCAUUUCAGUUGAGCUGAAGUGAGAAACAGCAUUGCCAGGCUAGCAGCCGGCAAAAGAGGGACGACAUGCACCGACGCCUGAAUCACUAGGUGAACAAAUCACGCAUUGAACUACACUCUCUGAAAUAAUUUUUGUCGGACAGAGCCACCUCUUUUUUACUGCUGAAUUGCCACCACUGCAGCAUCCUAUCAUUGCAGCGGUUUGCGAGGGAACGGUGACUGUUCAGUGUGAAUUCUUCUAAAUGUUCAGUAAACGAAUCACUCACUGACCCCAAUUUACCGAGCAGACCUGAUAAAUAGCAUACCUUAAGACAGUACACUUUAAACGUCAUGACUUAUAAACAAGUUCAUCCUUACACGCCUAUUUGCUAAAGCAACACAGCCAAACAAUCUCGUCUCCCGGUGCCAGAAGCUAUAAAUUGAACCGAAUCCUGAAAUGUUCAGCUGUGUAUUAGUUCAGGAGGUCAGAGUCGAAGGCUUCUCCCGCUAAAAGAUUCGGUGAUUUGAUGAACGAAUCUUUUUAGUGAACUGAUCCUAGUGAUUCAGUACAUCUAAAACAACUGCCGUGCCCAUCACUACGACGCAACAUCCGGGUACUCUAAAUUGAUGCUUAGGUUUGCGAGAGGUGUGCUUUGGCAGUCUGCUUGCUACCUGUCUAAAUAUGCAGUAUGGAGGUAAGGUACAUAAGAGAAAAACACUCAACUAUAACUGACUUAAAUGAGCUAAUAAUGUAUAAUUUGGACUCCCCAGCAUGCCCUGUGAGGUGAAGCCCAGGUUUGUGGUUCUGUACGGGUCUCAGAAAGGACAAGCCCAGUCCAUAGCUGAAGGGAUAGCUGAGGAGGCAGAGGAGCACGGACUAGUUGCUGAACUCAGCUGCUUGAACCAGAAUGAAAAGGUAAACACAACACAUUAAAGCUGUUCUUGAAAGCAGCAUAUCUGUUAAAUCCUCCUGCUGAAUGUCUUGGACACUGUAAGUCAUAUAGGGGAGAGUGGGGUAAGUUGAGCCAAAGGGUAAGUUGUCUCAUCUUACCCCACUCUCCCCUCUUUGGUUUUAGUACAAUUUAGAGAAGGAGAAAGCCCCAGUGGUGUUUAUUGUAUCUACUACUGGAGACGGAGAACCACCAGACAAUGCCCUCCAGUUUGUCAAGUGCAUCAAGAAGAAGACCCUUCCCACUGACCACUAUUCACAUCUAUGCUAUGCACUCUUAGGUAAGUUUUUAGCCAUAUAGUGGACAGUGAUUUGCACUUACAGCUGUGAAAUAUUGCCGCGAUGAUCAUGGCACUGUGUUGACUGUCUAAACAAUUGUUGACUCAAAGCAUAGUCAUCCAUUUCUCUUGUGUAUUCCAGCUUUAGGAGACACAAAUUAUGCAAAUUUCUGCAACUGUGGGAAGACAAUCGAAGGUCGAUUACAGGAACUUGGAGCCAAACAGUUCUAUGCAACAGGAUAUGCAGACGAUGGUGUAGGGUAAGUUCAGUGUUUUCACAGUGCCAACCACCUAGUCUCUGUCUCCUAUUUUGUUAUUCUGCUAUGUGAAAUCUCACAGACUUUGUGCUCUCCAGGCUGGAGUUGGUAGUGGACCCUUGGCUUGAAAGUCUAUGGAAAGCCAUUAAAGCAGCCUUAUCAAAAAUGGCUUCUGAUAGCACUGGUUUACUGACAAGAGAAGCAGAGGAUUCACCAAAGGAAGCCCCUGAUUCAUCCACUCCAGAUGUCCAACUAAGCCUCUUGAGCAUCACUGACCAACACGACCAUAAUUCAGCCAAAUCAUCAGCCGAGGUUGCCUCCAAAUUUGCAUCUGCCGUCUCAUCCUCAGUUUUAGCUUCUACUACACAGACUACUGUUACUGAUCUGGGGCCAGCUACUCCUUCGGGAAAUGACAGGUUGCAGUCCCAGCGUCAUGAUGCUGCCAGUGUUUCUACAUCAAAACCAGAGACUCAAACCACGGAUGCUGGAGUUUCCCAUGCUGCUCUGGCAGCCUCACUGACACACUCCCUGCCACCGCUAUCUGAGUCUGCUCUUAACGUUCCUGCUCUGCCUCCUCCCUACUUGGAUGUGUCUCUUCAGCAAGUGGACUUUGUAGAACAGGUAAGGAAUGGUACCCCUGAUAAAACCAGUAUUCGUGCCAUAUUUCACCCUUCAUCUUUCAAAUCUUUUCCCUCAGCCUGAUGGACCUGUGAACAAAGAGUCUCUCUGUGAGGUACCUGUAUCCAAGGCAGUUCAGCUUACCACAGGAGAUUCAGUCAAAACAGCUCUUCUCAUACAGCUAGACACCUCUGUAAGUGUGAAAUAUUAAUGAGAUUUUCUAAUUUUGCAGCUUAGAGAUGAACAUAGAGGCACUUUAAACUCAACAUGCUUGUUUUUCAUUCUUAGGCGUAUCCUGAGAUGACCUAUCAGCCAGGGGAUUCGUUUGAUGUUUUCUGCCCAAAUAGAGCCUCUGAGGUGGAGGACAUGCUCCACAGAUUGGCUCUCCAUGACCAGAGAGACCAUCAGGUGCACAUAUCUCUGCGUAAAGACACUAAAAAGAAAGGUAAACACAUCCUCAGUGUACUUUGAAUAACAAGCUCUACGAGAAAGGAGUAUUGCGCUUGAAACGCAUCUAUCUCGACCCGCCUUCUGCUCUCUUCCCUGGUUAUAGGUGCUCAAGUGCCUCGUGACAUCCCCCAGAACAUUUCUCUGCUGUUUCUGCUCACAUGGUGUCUGGAAAUCAGAACUGUUCCUAAAAAGGUACGGUCUGUCCCUCUUCUCUGUUGUUUUGAACAAGGCCAACUACACUGACAAUGAAAUGUGAUAUACUAGCUGUUGCAAAAAUUGGGAAAAAGAAAUUGGAAUUUAUUUGAGGAAAAUCAAGUGUUCAAGACGCUUUACACAGUCAUAGAAAAAUAACACAAGUAAACAUUAUUACCUGGCUGUCUUGCUAAUCACCCAACUAUGUUAAAUACUUGAUUCCAAUUGGACUAAACUCCAUAAUAAAAGUGAUCCAUCCAGAGUAGCCCGAGGGACAACUUGAAAAACAUAUCAAUCUCCAGGAAGGGGUUAUUUCACAUCUAGUGAACUGUUUAUGACUUCACCCCUUCCCGUUGACAGUGAGACAGACACAUUACUUUCAGAAAGCAGUGGCAGACAAUGUAGAGAGCACAUAACUUUAGAUUGACAGUUAAAGCCUGAAAAGAAGAUGAGAAGUAGGAUAACAGUGCAAAAAUUAGCACAAGAUGUCAAAACACACUAGGAGCUAAGUGAAAGAGAUGGAAGAGAAGAGAAACUAAGCACCAACAAACUGGCAGUGUUAGGGGACUGGUUGAGUGAGGAAAGAAAUGGCAAUGGUGAAGUUAGGGGGAAAGAGACCUCAAACAGGUGCUGCUGUUUUUUUUCCUCCAUCUGUUCAGAAUGCUGUCAGUAGCAACAUGCUCAUGCUAAGAUUUCACCAUGUUUGAAAAUGUUAAGUCCAGUAUGAUUGCUGACAACAGAGAAGAACAAUCUUUAGACUAUUAUAUAUUCAAUCUUCGUCAGUCUCCUGUUUUUUUUUUUCUUUCCUGAUUAUUACUUGUAUCUGUGAAGUUUAUCCAAAAAGCAGACUUUUUUUCACUGCUGAAUAUCCACCAAUUUUUAGCUGAUCAUCUAGCUUUAACUUUAUCUCACUGCAUCAAACUGGUUUGGAUGUAUGACUGUUGUUCUAGCCACCUAGUAAGAUGUAUGUGUGCUGAGUUAAAAAGCAUUGAUUGUCCAUAAAAAUAAUGUUUCUAGUAAUGAUUUAUCGUGCAGCCCAAGUACUCAAAUACUCCAUGAGCUCCAAGAAUUUACAAGGGAUAAUGGAUGAGCUUGACACACUGUUAUGGGCUCAAUAUGCUUUGUAGUGUAGCUGUUAAAGCUUACAUUCUGGUCCAGGUAAAGUAGAUAAACACAUUUGGUGUAUGUCAUAAAAGCUAUGAUCUCUUAUCCCGGCCUCACUUUUGGCAGGCGAUUCCAUGUGCAUGAGCUUAUCCUCAUUUGCAAACAUACACAGCUUUCUUUAGAAUAUUAGAAAAUGCAGCGACUGUGGCUAAUCAACUUCUGCACCCUUGUGUGUUCUUUCCCCAAAUUAAAAAGUUAAUGAAUAUAUUUGUUUUGCAGAUUAAAUAACUCAUUUAACAACUACAUUAUUGUCUGACCAAAAUGAAAACCAUUCGUUUGCCUCCAGCACAAGCUUCAUCAUUAGUUCACCACUCUGCGUAAACAGCACACUGAAUAAUGAGAGGGAGAUGAUUUGUAAAAUAGAAAAUAUGGCAACAAUCUAGUUCUUUCUUAAUAAAUAAAACAUUUUAAGAGAAGCGUCCUCAGAAUAUUAGAAAGCUUAAAUGUGGUUAAACAUAUUUAAAGAAGCUGAAGAUGGAGCCAUUUAGAAGGGGAUGAUUACUCUGGUUUCUACUCAGAUUUAAUAGGGGGAGCUUUUCAACUGUGUUUUACUACAUUAUAUGGUAAAACACAGUUGAUAUAUAGAGAGAUAUAUAACACACACACACACACACACACACACACACACACACACACACACACACACACACACACCAUAAUAGUAAUAAUUAUGACUGCCACUCGCAGUCACUUUCCAGCUGUAUUGAAUCCUUGUCUUUUUUGACUCUGUUAAAAAGAUGAUUUUUAGGUGAAAAAGUUGCCCUGAGACUUACAAGGCAGUUAGAGUUUUAUUUUACAACACCUGUCUGUGUAACACAAGCAGUUAAUCUGUUCUACUAAAGCAUUUACAACCUCCAUAAUCUUUAUACUCCAUGAUUUUUAGCGUAGUGAAAGAAAAGCACCUCAGCUGCUCGGAAAGUACAAUUUUCAAUAAUUUAUUUAACAGCAUAAAAUUCAGUACAAUAACUCGGCAUGGUUCGUUUUUUCUACUCAGACACAUGUGUUUUAUUAAAACUGAAGCUAAUCAGAGUGUCAGCCUGAUACUGACACUCUUUUUUGACGUUAGUGUUGAAGUGUUUUCAGUACAGGAUGUAUUGUAGGAUUGGAGUGAUAACUCUUCCAGGGAAAGCUACAAGUAUAUACCAGUAAUCUCUCUUUACAUGCACUCAUAACUAUAAUGAAUCACUGAAAUUACAGCCAACACUUAGGCAUGACAAAUAUUCAGAGGUUGAGAUUACUAUAUCAGAGAGAUAAAUGGUUGUGGACGGACGUAAAAUUAAUCCAAAAGUUGUUCAGGAGUUUCGUUUCAAUAUUCUCCCUUGAUGCUUUUAAUCCUGUUAAUUCACAUCAAAGCCAACAAACAGAUUAACAAUAAUUGAUUCAAUGCCAGUAAAAGUGCAGCAGCAGCAGCCUUGCAUAAUUAUCAAAGUAACUGAUUGCAUUAAUUAAUUUAGAUGACUUUUUAAAAGGGUUUUAAGAAUGCCUGUUUGCCUUUAAAACUAAAUAGCAAUUAGACAGGGACAGCGAGUUUACUCUGCAAAAUAAAACUAAUGAAUCCCAUAAUUCCACCUACACCAAAUAAAAAAAAAUAUCAAAGGAACAAAAGAUGAAAAUGAAAAAAGAUCAUCUCUUCUGACAGUUGGUAGAAAAGCUUUAAGUCACUCAACAUCUGAUUUCUGCUUCCCAUCAGGCAUUUCUGCGAGCCCUGGUGGAGCAUACAGAGAACAGCGAGCAGAGGAGGAGACUGCAGGAGCUCUGCAGUAAACACGGCGCCGCAGACUACAACCUGUAUGUGAGGGACCCGAGCCUCAGCACUCUGGAGCUUCUCACAGCCUUCCCUUCAUGCUCUCCUCCUCUUAGCCUCCUCAUAGGUCAGAGUGCUUUCUGUUGAUAACUCACACGCUCACCUUUUUCAAAAUAUGACCAUAAAUAUUCAGAGUUUACUUCUACCUGGUUAGAUCUAUUACAGAACAGACAGCCUGGCGUUCACCAUCUGAAUUUACCAAACAUCACUUUUAUUUUUCAUUUUGGUUUUAGCAGAAUCUGCAGGUCACAGAGCUAAUGGACAUGUUUGAUGCAUUUCAUUUAUUCACUUCCUAAUGAGAAGACAAUCUAAUAUUCCUGCAUAAUUUGAGGGUGUUUUUUUUAAACACAUAACUUUAAUUGAUUCCACAUUUAAUUAAAUGCAGGUUUUAACUUUUGCCUGAGGCAAAUGCUAAAUCAUAGUGAUUGGCAUGAGAUUGGGAUUUAGACCGCACCUGUUCAAUUACCAGUAGAAUAAAUGACUUCACCUCUAUUUCUUUUACUUUUCACAAGACCUCAGGUUAUAAAAAAAGUUUGCCUUCUGUGUUUUUUUAAUGUAGUAAAUUGCAUCUGUCGGGUUUAUUUUGUCCAGUAGGGGUCACUGCAGCCCCAGUAGAGAGCCUAGUCCUGAGGCUGGUUUAGUCAGAGCAUUUAAUCACAGUGAAUGGUCAGAGAGUGUACUUCAGAGGGCUCCCCAAAGGAUCAACACUCAUUUCCUUCCCUCAAAUUCAAGAACAUGUAGCUCCAAUUUGUUUUUUUCUUCUCAGUGUUAGAGUGAAUAAAAAGCCAAUAUUGUAGCUGCGAGACAAGAGAAAGUUUCUCUGUUAGUUCAUUAUUUCUCUCUUUGCUAAUAAUAUUGAUCACGUUUUGCUGCUGUUGACCAUCUCUGCCAUUCCUCCCUUGACCCCUGCAGCCAACUGUCCACGGAAAACUAACAUUUUCUCACUGCUCAUUAAGAUAGUUGGCCGGCCAUUCAGUAUGGAUCUAAUAAGCUUUGACUGAAACUUAACAGACAGUGAAAUUAGUUGGCUACAGCUUAGCAUGCAAGUUGAGUCGCCCUCUAAAACAGCUGCGUCACAGCUCUCGGCUACCCCGGUGUCGGUUAUUUUUGGUCGACUUGCCAACCGCAGCACCUUUUUUUCUUGUGGUGAAGUGAUGCAGAAAUUGGGAAUUGCGGCGAUCUCGCCCUGGUGAAUAAUGUGCCGCUGGAGGCCCUGCGGGGCAACAGCUGUUAUUUCAGGAACAGGGGAGGCGUUCAGCGGUGGGCCACCAAGCUUCGCAAGGACACAGGCACACAGGGUCAGUUAAGAUCGUAGGUUAAUGGUCAACUCUGACUCAGAGUUUAAAAGCACGCUGCUGCAUUUUUGCACCUUUCCUGGUUCAUUAACCCGACCUGAGGGAGGAGGAGGUGUUUGCUGAUCAGAGUUUAUGCUGUUAUACACUAAAUAUAAAUAAUGAGGAGAGAUGUGUGGAAGUGCGAGUGUCUUUGGACAAGUGCAUGCUGGGUACAAAAGUUAAUGCUGGGCAUAAAUUGUGAAAGAUACCUUCUUCCUAGAGUCAGCUCUCUUGUUGUUAUACGGCCUAUUGUUUCAGAUGAAAACUUUGGGGUCACAGCCCCUGGGAGCUCAAUCCUGUCCAUGAGCAUCUUUUUCAAUUUACUUUACUGCAAGGCUCAAAUGAAACUCUACUAUGGUGCAGUUUUAUAAUUUUUUUCCUUCUAAAGGUGCAGUGCGCAGAAUUUAAUGGCAUUUAGCAGGACAGACUUGGUAGAAAAGGAAUGCUAUAUCCAUCAGUAUGUUAGACUUUACUUGUAUGUUGACACACAACAAGGCCUGCACACAUUUUUAUAUUUGUGAAUGGCCACCAAAAGUGCACUUGUUGGAAGCAGGAAAAGAUAGAGUGGUUGUUGUGCACAUUAGCACCUGUUGUGAUGGACAGUUUUGAUGAUCCAACUUGACAAAUGCAGGAUAAUACUUGUUAUGCCUCACAGCAGCUGUGACGCAUGAUGCCUGAUCUUUUCCUCAAGGGCCACCAUCACUUCAUUAAUGGGAGGGGUGAGCAAGGAAACUUUAAAUCUAAAAUCUGACAGGCAGAUAUUCCUUUUUCUACCCUCUACAACUGAAGAACAUAAAAGACAGUAAAACAAAGAGGUAAAGAGAAGUGAAGCAGAUCUGUCUGUGUUCACUCUCCUGGUUGGUUUGAAAUUAAAAAUGAGAUGUCCUGGUCACAGAUAAAGCACUGCCUAUCACAUAUAUAUCUUCAGACACUGAAGAUGUAAUAAAAUGCUGCUGAAAACUUUUUUAAAUGGUUGCAGAGGGCCAUGAGCUUUGAAAAUCUUGAAAGACGCUAUUUGCAAGUUUAAAAAAGGAGAACAAAAUCCUCCCAGGAGGAACUCAUCUUAAUGCUUUAAUGCUAACAACCUUUGUAAUUCUCUCUUUGUGCGAUCUACACAAAGAAACUACUGGUAUAUCUUUAAGAGUAAAACUUUUACGUUCAACCACAUUGCUAUCUCAUUUUGUUCCACUAAAACGGUACCUAUGCAUAUAAAUUGCAGCACAGAGAGACUUCUCAGAUGGGAUAGAUGAUAUUGUUGUGCAGUAUGAUCGAUGAUACCCCUGAAAAUGCUCAUUUUCUGAAAAACAUAUCAGGGACCCUGAGACUGUAUUUUUUGGGACAGAGACCUUCUGUUGCAAUACAUAUUUUACGAUGCGUCCUCAAGCCACUCACUGCAACAAUAAAAAACAAAGCUUUGCACUCAGAGGUUUUAAAAGUGAUAUAUCCUUUUGUAUCCAGCAGCGGUAUCAUCAUGGUGCAGUGAUGUGAGAUGAUGGAUUGAUCGUCCUCUGUUUCGGACAUGUGCUGUCACUCUGAGACAGAAAAGCAGCAGCCUGAGCACUAUGCUGCAGCAGAGGAUUGUGUUGACGUACAUGAUACACCCUCUGAUGGAGAGGUGUGUGUUUCCUCUGAUGGAAAGCAUUUCUAGAUCUCUUGUAUUUUAUUCCAAAGGAUUUUCGCCCCUCUGGGGUUACUUACCCACCUUUUAUGAGAAGCAUGAAUUAUUUUUUUCAUCUUUUUGAGCGUGUUCCUAAUUAUUUCAGAAAAUGUAUUUACAAAUGAGUUACUGUGAGUUGCAUCUACAGCACAAGAAUAUUGAUUAUAUUAAAUCAAGGCCGACGUGUAAUCUUGGGUCUCCUUGUAAAUUCGUGUGCCCUCUGGUCAUUAAUACAUUUUUGGCCUCCAUGUUUAAAGAUUUGAAUUUUUAUCUCUGACUGAAAGUUCUCCUCAUAAAAGUAAGCUCAUCUCCAUCUCUUCUUUUUAGCCCAAAAUACAGCUUCAUAUCAAACAUGACAUAUUAUUAAUUUGUCUUGUCUGUUAAUGAUAGACAGAAGAUUCACAAGUCUCUAAUAUGAGUUAAUUAUGUCAGCCCUCUAAUCUGCUUAAUUGUUUCUAUUUUACUCUUACAUGAGAGUACAGUUAAUUAAUAAUCUAACAAGUAGAUUAUAUCUGUCAUGUUUUAAUAAAUUAUAAUUGUCAUUGUUUUAAUUCUGAUCGCUUAAAGAGAAAAUGAUUAAGAAACCUUAUCAGUGAAAAUGAGUGCCAAAGACAUUCAGUUACAUUACACCAACUUUUAUGAUACUUUCCAACAGUUUAGUAUUAAUCUCUUCAUACAAGUCAAUCAUUUAUUCAAGCUUUAGUUCAUACAACUUUUUUUCCCCUCAUCAACGACUGCAAUCUCAAACUUUUGUGUGUGAACACCCAAAAAACGAACUUAUUUUCCAGACCACUGAGGAUGCACUUUGGGAAAUCUUCUUUCCUCCUUUCAGAGUGACUCCCAGACUCAUUUCAAGAUGUUAUGAUAAGCAAGCAAGUCUGAGAAGGAUGUAUGAAGAUCCUCACUUCUUUGAAAGAUUUGAGACCUUAUGGUUUCCUCCUAUUACACCAAUUUCUAUCUUAACACAUUCGUUUUUUAGACAUGCACAAUGUAAGCUCAAUAAAAGCUCUGAAUUUUUCUUAUCAAUAUCAGCAGCAAUGAAAAGUUCUGCUAACACUAUUAAUUCAAUUGUGCAUCUAAAAGAGCCUUAUCCUGGGUAGCACCAAGAGUUUCUGAAAAGUAAUAUUGGUCUUAUUAUCAGUGUGAGCCAUAUGAGGUUAAAAACAUCAGCAUAUUGCAUAAAAAUCCAAUAUCACGCUCCCUACUUUUGUGUAGUUUGCACACCCUCAGCAAGCUGUAUUGUUUUCUCAAUAUUAAGUUGUUUUUUUGGGGGUCAUCAAAGGUCCCUUAUAAUGAACGCAUCUAUAGAGUCCCCAAUCUAUACAUUCAGACGUACUUAAGUCACCCUCCAGUCCAGCAAUACUGAGAUUGUGGGAAGGUAAAAGCCUCUGUGUUGUCUCUUAAUUGAGCCCACAUACUUGGAAAAUGGCUCCUUUGGUGAUGUAAUAACAGGAGUGAUUUGCAUAGGCCUGCGUUUAACACAACUCCCAUUCCCACUCUUAAGGUGAUGCUGCCUGCUACUGCACAAUAGUGGGUUUGCCUUAGGAAAUAAGACCCAAACUUGCUACUACAAUAAUCAAGUGUGUAGAUGUUUCUAAAUGAGCGAAGCCUUUAGCUCCUUUAAGGUAGAAAGAGAGUCAGUAGAUCUAAUAGAUUUGGAGUUAUGUCCUGUACUCCCUUAUAUUUUAGUUGCGUCUCUAUCUAAUAGUCUCUCACUGCUCUGUUGUUGUUUACAAAAGAAAACGCAUUGAUUACUAGUCUGUUUUAGCACCAGAGCAACACCUCUGUAUCAGCACAGGUGUGCCCCUUCAGACAGCAUUUAAGCAGCCAAUCAGCACAGCCUCAUUAUUUUAACAGCCCCUUUUACUGUAGGUUACUAAGAGAAUACAGAUCCUCCAAAGAGGCUGAAAUCGUUUUAUUUUCAACUCAAUUCAAAACCUGCUGUAAGGACUACUAUGACAUGUUGGAAACAGCUGAAAAUACCACUGUACUGGACCUUAAUUGUCAACAGAUAUGUGGAUGAAUUCAAGAAAAGUUUUUUUUUUUGUUCAAAACUGUCCUUCAGACUCACUUUAAUGUGUCUAAUGCAUCACCACUUAAAAAAAGCCCAACAUCCCGGCUCAAAGAGAUGAAACAAGUGUCAAAGUGCCAAGCUGUCUUGCUAACACCCUGAGCUGUUUAGAUGUCAGAGAAAUCCAGAAAAAAGAAGAGACAGCAGAUUUAGUCCAGCUGUUUGUCUGCCUGAGCAAUUUAGUGGAAAAAUUUGUUAUUGUGAAGCCUCAGCUGGUGCAUAUGGUGCAGCUUAACUUUCCCAGGUCCAUCUCUCACUGAGAUACAAAUAAAAUGUAAGGACACACAUCACAUAACUCCCAAUCAGUCUUGUAGCCUAAUAGUUAGUGGUGAUCUAAGCGUAGCAAAUUGCAAAUGUUGUUGCUACAGGGUGAAAAGUUAUCUCUUACUUUAAUAAGUUUUUCCUGAUUUCCCUGACAUAUCCUCGCUAAAGCAAUUCGUGCCACAUAUUACCCAAAAGAGGGCACCUUCAUGGCUGGCAUUGAAAUAAGGUCUGCAUAAGCAAUCUGCUUCCUACUGGCUCCACAUCUGGACACUUGGGAUUCCAUAACCCUGAGUUAGUAAUUUCAUAAAUAUAGAAGUAUGUCCUAGAAACAAGACCGGUACCUGUGUGUGGGGGUGGCUGUGGAUGGAUUGGUAGGUGGGACGUCUCGAUGGACUAGGAUGACUUUCACUUAUUUAGUCUUCUUUCUGUCAUGGGUGUCUCUGUAAUAUAAUCUAAGCAAUACAGCAGAGUGAUUGACAGUUGUGCUUGCUUUUCAGAGCAUUUGCCGAAACUGCAGCCCAGGCCUUAUUCAGCAGCCAGGUAAGGUGACAGAAAGACACGCACUGCAUGAAACUUUGAAUAGAUUUGCUCUUGUAGCAUUGUACAUUCAGAUUAACAAGUACACUGCAAAAAAACAAAUAUCAAACUAGCUUAAGUAUCUAAAUAUUUCAGCUUCUAUGAGUUUUUUUUAAAUGAAUGAAUCAGACUGGAAUUCAUAUUAAUGCCUUUUCAUGACACCCAAAAGAAAACAUUACCAUCAGCAACAAGAUUAAUGGUUUUUAUACUCUAACUUUUAAAGUCUGGAACCGGUGCGAGGGGGGUAAGGUAUCAGCCAAGCAGCUGAAGAAACAGCCUGCAAAGGUCACCUCAGCUCCACAGCUAGAUAACAUUAAAUCUGCUCAUUUCCACACUCUGUACUUAGAAGAUGUUAUUUCUCAUUUUAAAUUUAUAGAAGAAAAAUAGCUUGAUGCCCUUGCAGCUAUUCUUUCUGAUUAAAAGCAGUCGAGUCUUCAUUUCUUUCUUGUAUCGUCUUCAAAUGAGGUGUCACAUCUUAACUUGUCAGGUGAAUUUGACUCUAAUGAAGUGUAAUGAGAUAUUUUGAUUGGCUUAAAUCAGAAGUCCAGGAGUCGUGGUCUUAUUUUCCCAUCAUGGUUAGCUUCGGUAAGGACACUGAGAAAUAAUUCAAGCACUGUGGUGAUGUUUCCUUGAAAAGGUUUUAAUAUUAACUGUAAAAUCUGCCUUUGACGACAAAUCUGAAAAUAUUUCAGACAUUGAAACAUUCAGACUCCUCUGUGCCUGUCUGUAAUUAUGAUGAUGAAUCAUGAUGCACCAAGCAAAUUAGAAAUACCUCCCAUUUAUUUGGAGAUGGAUCUCUUUUUUAUCAUUUAUUCAUCUGCAACAAAAAUACGACUUCCUCCUCCCUUAUGUAAUUAAAUCAUUUAAAUUUAUUAUAACAGGCUUUUUCUCACACAGCUUUUCUUCUCCUGAGCUCAUUUGAAUUUAUUGUAGGGUAUUUCUGAAACACAGAAUAGCAUUAAUAAAAUAAAAUAGAAAAAAAAAAAACAAAGUCUGGACUAUGUAAGAUUUAAAGGAGAGUGUUCAUGAAUUUUCAUACUCUCCACAACUUUAGUCAAAGUCCUUUUUAAAAUGCUGCAGGCUGUUUUACACUCAGGAGACAUUUCAGUUUAGAUUUGAUUUUUUUAGGUUGGCGUUGCAGAGAUACAAGAGAUGAUGUCAAUUAUAAAUGUUGUUGAAACUCUUCAGUCUCAUUUUCUUAUUUAUUCCCCCUGUCUACAUCAUAAUGGAUCAAUCAGUCAAGACCUCCACAUUGAUUUUUCUUUGCUUCAAGGCAAGACAGUUGAGUUCACAUAAUAUUCAAAUUUUCUUAUUUCCUAUUGGCAGCAAGGAAAUGCAUUACUUUCCACCAGAGAUGUGCUAUUUCGCCAGCUUCCUCACAGUGCUGGAUUGAGCUUUCAAAUUAUGUGACAUUUGACAGGGUUUAUUAUGACAUCAAAGCAAAGGCUCCAUGAAUAAUAUAAAGUGUGGCAUAUAAAUUUUGAGUUUUGGGAGACAUCUAGAAACUAUUUUAAAGAAGAAAUGAUUCAGCGGAAUAUUUGUGCGUUUAUACGCCUUUGUCACAGCCUUAAUAUUUCCGCGCAUGCUUUUGUGUUUAUUUUUAAGAGAUGUUUUUCUCAAUAAGCUUACUGAAUAUAGAAAAAACUUCAGCCAACCUGGGAGAAAGUAAUUUUUUGUAGUCCUUAGCCAGGUGUGCUUAUUUUGAAUCGGCUCAAGUGUUCCAUCUUUUCCCCCACUUAGUCUGUCAUUGAUUUGCUCUUCCUGUUAAGCUAGUGCCCAUUAGGUUUGCUUUAAAGCUCAUGUGGAACAGCAACAUCUAACGCAAUGUCAAAACUUCUCCUCUCUUCUCAUUAGUCCCUCACUUAGCUGCCUGAGUGUGUGCAUGUGUUUGUGUGGGCCGAGAGAUAGGGAGUGGACAGCAGAGACGGUGGCUGUAGUUUAUCAGAUGGUGCAGAGACAUUAGAGGCUUGCAUUAUUGAUGCUGUGGUCAAUAGAGGUCUCUGGUGGCCCACAGGAACUGGAGAGUGAAGGAUGAGGGAGCGUGAGAGUUCGUCGGCCAACAGAGAAGACCUGAAUAUAGAGGAGGGGAGAGGUAGUUUUAUCCAAGCAAGACAGACAGAAAGCUUUUUUUUAUUCGCACUACUGGCCGUAUUUAUUAUCUCGAAUGAGGAAGGAGUCAUCUGCGGAUCAUUUGAGGUGCAACACACGUUACUCUAUAAAUAGGGAGUAAAACUUAUUAGACAUUAGCCUCAGUUAAAGAUCAGAUUAUAGAGAUAUCAAUGUCAAAGUAGUUAUUUUAGGGUAGUGGCAAAGCAGUUGAAGUAGUAAGCUAAGAGUCAAAAAUAAGAGGUUGAAAGGAUUACUAAAUUUAAUUUAAAAAGAGAGAAAAUUGUCAAACUUAAAGGGAUUUUUAGGCUGACUGUGGUGGAAUUACAAAAAAAGCUCUAAAUGAUGAUACCUGCAUUAGAUGAAUCAACACAACAUCAAAAACAUGUUCUUCAACCCCCCUAAAUAUUACUUGAUACCAUCCAGUUCCAAACCCAUCCAAGCACAUAUUUAAUACAUGAUGUGUGGUGUUGAUGAAGCAGUUCAAUAGCUCCCUGACCACAAGACAGUCUGCCAAGACAGACAGAAAAUCAUUGGGAACCACUGGUGUAGAUCAUAAUUAAGCACAUUUCAAUGUCAUCCCUGUGUUGUAGAGAGCAGCUGCAUCAAAGGCAGAUGCUUUCUCGUCAUUCAGAAGCUUUUCAGCAACAUUUUUGUAAAAGCGGUUCGAGUGAAUCGCUUGAAAAGGCAAUUUUGUUUAUGCUCUUGAAUCCCUCCUCCUUUGUAAUGCUUGUUUUUGUCUGUACUCCUCUGUUUUCCUUUUGCUUCUCUUUGCGUUUCUCUCUAUUUUUCACUUCAUCUCUCUGCGUGUCACUAUUUGUGUUCCUUGCACUCUGUCUUUCACACUGUUGUUUCCCUCUAUCGCUAUCUACCUCCAUCUUAAACUCUCUGUGGUACCAUUUCUAUAGCUCCUGCCUCAGACACCCAGGAAAGCUGCAUUUUGUCUUCAACGUGGUGGAGUUCCCAGCGUGCUCCUCGCGGCCUGCGGGAAAGCAGGGCUUGUGUACCGGUUGGCUGUUUGACCUCAUCAAUCCUGUCCUGGUUUUCUCGGGGAAGGAUGAAUCCUCCAGCUGCCUGGACCUGCCAAAGGUAAUGAGCACAGUGGAAAAUGGAGAGCUGAACUAAGGGUGUGCAAAUUUGUGAUCUCUUGGCCUUGGCAGAUACAUUUCUUUGCUGGUGCUCAUACUUUCUGAAAGUGCUGUAUGAAGUGUAACUCAUGAGGAAAGAAAAGCACAAGGUUGAAAUCCUGCUUAGCACUGCUUUUAGUUUUGUUCCUACUUAAACGCGAAGAGAGCUUGGCCGUCUGCUCCCCUUUAAACAUCACAGUUCAGGAAACUCAAGAGUCAAAGGGAAUGUUUAAGUUAGAAGAGGAGUGCAGGAAACUUCGGCAGUGUUUCCUUAAAUCUGCAGAACAGAAAGUAUUUUGUGUUCGACGUGUUUCAACAACAUGUUUAGGGUUUCUCAGCAAACUCUGUUUUAAUGCAUCACAGACAGAAAAGAACACGCUCUAGGCCAGUUGCAUGUGAUUAAUGAAGGAAUUAAUUUGAAUUAGAGCAAGUGAAUCCUCUCCACUAAAGACUCUAUGGAUUCCAGCUGGAGCUCAUGAGCUUUCCUAUUAGUAUGUCUUUAGAAUAUUAAGUAGAUCAAUUAAUAGAUUGGUAAGCCCACAGCCACUUCUCAGCGUCGUAGUAAUUACUCUCAUUAUUUUCAAUUCUUUUCAAUGGCUUUGGACUUUAGAUCCACGUGAAGUUGAGGCCAAACUGCUCCUUUCGGCCGCCCUCUGACCCCUCGGUGCCCUUCAUAAUGGUCGGACCCGGCACUGGAGUCGCACCCUUCAUUGGUUUCCUCCAACAAAGGUAGGGCAAAUUAAAUUAUACAAAUUACAGUAAUUUUAGGACCCAUAGCAGGGCUUGAUACUAACUUUUUUCACAUGUGCUCCUAAGUUGAAAAGGUAAGGAGCACACAAAGAACUUUAGGGGGACAAUGAAAAUUGAUCGAAUAAUGUGUGUCUUAUUGGUUGACUUAAGUAGUAUUAUUUGAAAUCAAUUUUAGGUCUUUUGGUCACAUGACAUGGAAGCUUUUGAGGGCAAACAGCCUUUUUUGAGAACAUCAACCAGCAAUUUGUUGAUGGUCCCUUAUUCAACACCCGACGUUGACGGCUAGAGUGCCGAGUAGAUUUAACCGCGCUGCUGUUGCUAUUCCCGGUUAUGGAGAGUGAGAAGACAACGGUAGAUCUGCAGUGAAUGUCAGUCGGAUAUCCAACCUAAAACUAACUUCACCGCGGUAUGAAAAAACAUUUGUUGCCUCUGCUGAUUUUUUUAUGCUUACAUGUACCCCUUAAUACAUUUUGCAAUUUGCACACAUGUAUUAUUUUUUGUCGCAAAUACGAGUGAAACGGUCCCACUGUCAAGCUCUGCAUAGGUAUAGGAGCCAAAAUAUAUUUGAAAGUUGAUUUCUAUGGGUACGUCACUUCCGGGGAUCGUCACUGAGGGGUGUGGUUUUGGGAUGUUUGGCAGGUCUCACUGGUGUAGUCAGAUAAUGGGUUUUUGGUAAGCUCUUAUAAUUUUCUGUUGACCGUUUCACUCAUCCUGUUUUAACCUCAUUUCAUCUUAUCACUUUUUUAUUCGAAGGCAAAAGUUUUGGACCUGGAUCAGUAUGUUUUCUUUUCUUUUUCGUAACAAUAAACCACUUUUUAACUCUCAAACUGGACUGAUAAUUGAACGAGUCACAGAUGCAAACGCACCCUAAACCCCAGCAGCCUUUUUGUUGAAGAAAAGCAGUCGCUAUAAUAGGCGUUGAAUGUUUUUGACAAACUUCAAUUUUUGAUUUAGAAAAAAUCCAGGCUGAGCAGACUGUUAAUCCAGGCCAUCACAAUUCUAUAAUUUAAUAAUAAUAAUAAUACAUUUUAUUUAAAAAGUGCCUUUCUGAACACUCAAGGACACUGUACAGGGCAUAAAAUUUACAGAUUAUGACAGAGGAGACCCAACAUGACAUGCGUCAAGACCUUUGGGGAUGUAUGUGAUCCUGCUAAUGUAAAAUACGCUGCUGAAAUCGCAGAGUUAAAUAUUCAUGUCAGGCAUCAGAAUCACACAGGUUGUAAUUCUGCUUGGCACACUGUGUGACACGGGCUACUUCAGUCAAAAUUUGCAUCCAGUAAUGAAUAUUCACAAUGUUCAAGUGAUGUUAAGUGCGCAUCAUCCAUGCCUAUUUUUUGAGUAAUCUGCAGAGACAAUUAAAUGAGACCCCGCUCAACGGCGAUAAAAGUCACCGUCAUGUACAUCUCAUGAGUCAAGAUAAAUCUGGCGGCGAGGGCUGUGAUCACGUCGGGGAUUAUUUCAGAUGCCGCACUUGUCUGAAGAGGAAUAAAUUAGUCCUUCUCCUAAGCACAAGUUUAUGACUUCUCCUGUAAUGAAGAGCCAGGAGUCAAAGCAGCACAUGAAGCGUUAUUGAUUUGAAAAUAAAAAAGUCCAGCGGUCCACUGCAGCGUUGUUGGAGUAAAUCAUUGCUUGUAAUUGCCGGUGAGGUGGUGUGAGGAUAUUGACCGUAGGCUGAGUAUGUCACAGUUCUCCCCCAGCUUGUUAAACCACCGCUGUCCAUCUAACUACUUGAGGAUUUCGAUCAUUCGGUAGAAACGUGAUCUUUCAUUUAAUGUUCAGAGGUUCUGAUUUGAUGCUUAAAUGGAGAUUACAGAGUGAUGAUCUGUCAGGAAGAUUUUGCGUGACCGGUGCGGUGUCUCCAUCCAGGCUGCGGCAUGUGUGUGGAGACAGUCCUAACUGCCCACUGCGACUUGUUAGAAAGCAGGCUGAGCCUUUUUUAGUCCGACUGACACGUCUAACUCUUGGGUGGCUUUUUAUAAAUGAGGUUGUGCCCCAGUCAGGUCCAAUUGUCUCUAAAUCCCCCAGACGUGUGCUCCGUUGUGACGAGUGGCGUUGGUGGAUGAUAGCUUUGAGGGGUGACACGGCACCGGCUGGAGUGAUGGCAGUGCUGGAUUAGCUGCAGCAGAUUCGGGGGGGGAAGGAUGAGCGGUCAUGUGGGGUGAGGAGGUGUUUGCGCCUUUGGGAUGCAGGAGCACCGAAGAUAGCAGACGUUUUCAGACUGACCUGGUUCCACCACUGGCAGACAGACUCUUCUUCUUAAUGAUCAAGGUGGAGCCAGAGGGACUGUACUCCGGUGGAGGACUGCGAUAUGAACCUAUCAGUCAUACUUUGAUCCUCGUGGUGCCAUCCAAACUUUGCUUUCUUUCAUACAAGACAUCAAAUCACACAUAAAAGUGUCUUACAAAUGGUUUGCACUCAGAGUUUGUCAGUAAAAGUACAAACACCCACACCUUGAUUGUUCUUUGUUUCAUAAUACAACAAUUAAAACCUACAUCAAUCUUGAGACUUCAAUGCUCUUCCGUGGUUUGAUUUUUUAAAUUAAAUUUCUGAUAUUUUUUCUUCUGGGAGAUUUCUCGGCUGUUGGAGCUGAAUCCUUAACUUACUUAUCAUCUCUGUUGUCUCCUCACUCCCUCCAUCCUCCCUCUCCCUCUGUCUCCCCCCAUCCUCUCUCCCCUGCCAGCUGCAUAUUGUGCUGGAGGAUUGUACAAACCUGUCAUGGAGCGCCACAUUAUACAGAAUCUAACUUGAGAUUCCAAACAAAGCCUUGGCGGCUGACGCUGCACUCUGAUAGGAGAUAACAAUCACCAGUUUGUCAACGGGACACCGUAUCUGCCUCUAGGCCUAAGAAGGGUCCUGUUAGCAACAAAACAACACGAGGGGACGCUUCGAUCUGACUACUCCUCCCACCCCCACCUUCCACCCCUGCUGUUAAUCGAUGGCUGUUUCAAAAGUACUUUGUAUGAGUUUGUAGCGCCGGUAACAAGUGGAAGAAGAGUCUUUAAAGGUCAGAGGCUCACUUGGCGGUACCAGGAGAUUUUAAUAAGCCUCCCCGGUACUGUGGUAUUGAUUGCUGCGCUUUUGAGUGGAAGGAUUUCAUAGAUAAUGUGAUUUUCGGUGCGUUGCUAUUUUGCCAGAAGCAGUAACAGUUAAACAAAUAUUGUAUUUUUACCGAAUGGAUAGCUUGGAAUAAUCUCUUUACAGCCCUAACAAGCUUUUCUUUCUGGAAAACGAAUCAGUUCACUCAGUUUUUAUACCCGGGUUUGAAGGGAAGCUUGGCACAUUCAAUAUGACAACUUUUAUUAAAGUUAGUGUGAACAAUAUCGAGCUUUCAUUAUCAGGCUAACCGCACAGCUGAUUGCAAUUAGGCUACGUCUUUCUUCCCAGCACCUUCAUGUAUUAUGAAAACAUUUGGAAUUCAGCGCAUUGUUUAUAUAUGGGUGUAAUUUUGCCGUGUAAUUACACUGAUUAAGCCUCAAGCUGUUGUUAUAUUUAAGCUUUUUUGUCUUGUUUUUUUUUUUUCAUGCCCAAAAAGCUGCUCUGAACCCCUCGCACGGAGCUGCAGAGAAAACAGAUGAUAGAUAUGAGAUAAUUGGGAUGUUUACCAAGUCUUUCACCUCAGCCUUCCUCACAGCUUCCCCCUCCUGCUGAUCAUCUGACUGGCGCUGAAAGGCAACCGCUUCUGAUUUCGACCCCAAAUGGAGUGCUCUGUAGAUUCCGCCUUUCCCCCCUGGGAUUGUAUCGCAGGCUGUUAUAGUGUGGGCAUGUGAUGUGAUGUGAUUUGUAUUCAGAGAAAGGCGCCGGUGUGGUCUGCUCAGAAUGGAAUCCAGGUUUUUCAUAUUGGUAUUGAUCCCUUUAGGGCAGGCAGCGAGAGGAGAGAGACGAGUCCACUAAAAUGAGUUUACUCGAGGCUGUUUGCAGAUCAGAAGAAUCUGGUCCAGGAUGCUAAUGGACGGGAUCUGAGCGUUUGGAUCCAGUCAGCCAGACAGCUCUGUUACUGAGGCCCAGACACAGACACAAAGUUCAAACAAACUUCUCCUGCAAGGUAUUUUCAUUAACUGGUCAACUUUUAUUGAAUUAAUGAGGGCGAAGCUUUGUUCCAGUAUUCAGACCUGUGCAUUGAUUUUGUUUUUCUCACCAACACUAAUCAGGGAAGAGCUGCGAGUUCAGGCACUACAGUUCAUUAUUUAAAUAUAAAAAAAGAAUAUAAUUGAGCUUUAGUCCACAAAAUAUCCAACCUUUCUAUACCGUCCUUGUACAUUAAUUAUGGUGUUGAGAACAUCUUGCUAACAUAAACCUGAACCGCCUCUUCACUGGGUAAAAAACUUGUUAUUGUUCUUACAUGAAAAUUAUUCUCUACUCCAGGUCUCCGUCUUGAGUUGUUCGCUUAAAAUAAAAUCUCCAAUUCUUACCCUGAAGUUGACUUGGAACCAAAAUAGCUUUGAGGGCUGGUAAUCGAACAAACAGUGUAAUACAAAUUCAAUUUUUUUUCUCAUUGAAUUUUAAAGCUCUGUCACUUUUUUGUAAACACUUAAUAAGGGAAGAUUUUUGCUGGUGUUUGUACAAAGUGGAAUCCUGACAGGGUGAGCAAGACCACAACUGAAAGGAAAGGGGCACCUGGGUGAUUUGAGAUGACUUGGGUCCAGUAGCUCCUCAGACUUCUUAUCUGAUACAAGAUCCAGCCUGAGACAUAAACUCAUUUUCCUGCCACAUUGUAAACAGGCAUAUACUGAUCACCAUUGAUAUGAGGUUUGGACCAUCAGAAUGGAGUUUUAACACAACUGGGUUGUAAAAUUGUUCAUGUCUGAUCACGCCCUCAGGUGUGUACACUUAUUUUGUGUGAAUGAAGUAGGUUUUUUUUUUUUUGGUCCCCAUCUUGACUCACAAGAUCUGGGCAGCACACCCAGAUGCCGACCACAAACUCACAGUGUUUGAAAACGUUUUGUUGGAAGAACUUGUUGAGGUUUUUUAUGAACCCCAAAAUAAAAUCAAAACAAACAGACCAUCAGACCCAAUGUUGCCAACUAAUGGUAGACCAUACUCAUAUUUUUUGGACGUGCCCCGCCUUGCAACCUUUCUGGACCCAAGUUCAAGCUACAACAAAGAGGAUUCUGGGAUUUGAUAUUGACUUCACUAGUGUCUCAUUUUAUUUGGGGAAUAUAUCGAAGCAUCUGCAUAACAGGGACAGAUAUUUAUUAAAGAUUCUCAUUGUAGCGAGUAAAAAAGCAAACCAGAUGCUGGCUUCUUAGAGAACCUCCCACUCAGAACCUAUGGAAAAAUAGAAUGAAUGACAUAUACAGUCUGAAAUGUUUGACUUUCACUUUGAGAUUACAGAAGGAAAAGGGGAAAGAUUGCAGGGCUAAAUGAGUUAAAUGCCGAACUGAUGCAGAGUGAAAGAGUUGAAUUUGCUGUAGAUGCUAAACAAAAGUUUAUCACCCUGUGGCGAGCACUUAUGUGUCUUACUUAAUGUGACUUAAUGUUUGUAUAUGACCUCUUGUUUGUGUUAUGGAAAGAAAAAUAAAAUAUAAAAAAAAAUAGCAGCAACCUUUUUUUACUGAACAACCCCUAAUCACAUGCAGUCAGCUCCGAGUAGAUCAGCAGAUGCUUGUUAAUAUCUGUAACAAGUCACAUCCUGAUAUCCUGAUUUAGGGUGUUUAAUCGAGUAGCACUGUUGUGGCCUUUUUCUUGGGAAUUUGAAGUAGAAUUUGACGUGUGUUUUCAUGCUAAACACAAACAAAAGAAUGAUCUGUCCAGGGUCCAGAAACAAGUCUUGAAAUCACAAAAAUAUGAAGCAUUGUUAAAGCCGGUCAUUUAAUGCUUGGUAACUGGCUCAAUUAAAAAGUUUCUUGAAGGAAUCAUUUCAGUGCAGAAGUGACUUUAUUUUCCAAACAGCAUAAGAAUCAGAUGCCAUUGCACAACUACAAAACACACAGCAGGAUUCAGUCUGCUUUUUGAAUAUCAGUUAUUUGGGUUCAGGGCUCUGAGCGCCUUAUCCUGCGAGUGCAGCAGCUCACCACAAAGGGCCAAAGCAUCUCUGUGGCGUUCCUCGCUCAUCGUUGUGGCUGGUCACUUCAACAGCCCCGUCCCUUUUUUUCCUCCCUCCCUCCAGACGGGGGCCAACAGAUAAAACCGGGCUCCUCAGAGAGUCCACUAACUGAUGGCAUCAUGAAAGGUUGGGGGUCAACUGUUGUUAUCAGGGUGAGAGCUGUCACCUUUGCAGCAGGUGUUCGGCACAGAUAUCGGCACCCUCAGAGCUGCUCUUUUUUUUUUUUUUACACGGUGUGUUGCCAUCGCCUGCAAAGAAUUCUGGGAGCUUUGCCAAACUUCUUAGCCACAAGAGGAAUCACUUUUGCUGGGGUAUAUUUUUUUUCUUGCAUGCAAGCACAGUUGGACACACAAGCAUGAUAGUACACAAAGUACACACACACACAAAGCACAAGCUGUAGUUUCAUUUUCAGUUUAUAGUGAUGGCCUCUAUCCUUCUGUUUGGGAGAAAUUUAAUAAUACAUAUAAUGUCCUCUCGGCAGCACACAGUCAUUUCCGUACAUUAGGCAAUCGUGGCACUCUGUGUACUGUCAUUGCAGACAGUGCUUAAUGGUGUCACUACUCUUCUUUAACCUCCGCUGUGAGGAAGGACUCGCUCUCCUCCAUCUGGCCUGGUCGUCUGUGAGUAUUGAUUGACCGCUAAUAUCUGUUGUUUGACUUUCAGAGAAAAGGAGAAGUGGGAGAAGCCUGGGGCCACAUUCGGAGAGACCUGGCUGUACUUUGGUUGUCGCCAUCAAAACAGAGACUUUCUGUUCAGGUACAAUGUGUACAUAUAUAUAUAUAUUUUUUUUCUACUUUUAUUCUUUAUUCAAAGAGCAGUAAUUUAUUCACAUAUUCUAUACAUACCUCCCUUUAGCCUUUUAUGAGUCACACAAACUUCCUCAUUCCCACAUCCCUCUUCACCUUGCUGCUGCAUAUUCCAUGUAUUGAAACCUGUGACCUGCAUAAUGAACACCUCUAUCUAUACACAUGAUGUGGGUGUUCUUUACUUGACUCCACAUACCAGCAUUAUGUACACAAUUAACAAUCAGCCCAAGGACACAUUUGAAGAUCUAUGGGAAGAAGAUAUUGAAAUGCAAGGUUACAAGGCCUUCACAUAUAAGUGAAAAUGGAGCUGCUUCUUGUUGCUUUCACAUGUAAUUGCAACUCAAGGCAACGAUUUUCAAACAGGUUAAGUGGUUUGAACUAUGCUGGGCUCCUAUAGGCAUCUUCGUCAUCAAUCUGAUUCCAGGUCAUUAAAAUGGUUCGAUGUGUGUGGCUCCAGAGUUAUGUAAAUGGAAAUGUAGAGUGUAGUGAUGGUUAUGCAAAUUAGAAUCUAGACAGGAUGAGCAAGACUCUCCACUUAGUGUUGGUUUAUUUCGCAGAUACUAAUGAAGACAUAUAAUUUAUUGCUUCAAAGUCGAUUUUAUUGAUUUUAGAAUGACUUCCUGAAAGCGAUAAACAUGCAUAACUUGACAUCUAAAUUCAACAGCUUAAAGGCUUCAGUGUGCUGUGUAGGAGCAAUGUUUGAGAAGGAGGGUUAAUAUUCUUAUUUACUAACAUAAGAGGUGGAAAUUACUAGUGGCCCCAUGAUAUGAUAUUAUCAUAUCAAGUAUAUUAUAUUGAUACUUGGGCCAUGAUACGACAUCAUUGCAAUCUUCAGUAUUUUGCAAUACAGUGAGUAUUGCGAUACAAAAUAUUGUGAUUUAUAUAAUUUUUUCAACUGUUUAGCUAAUUUAGCAUUUGCCUUUCCUUUAUGUUUGUCUUAUUUACGCAGUAUUUUCAUGUAGCACAUCUUGCAAACCUUUUAUAUAUUUGUUGCACUAACUUUCUCCUGCUCUACAAUGUCACCUCUGCAAACCUCACUGGACAAACAGUUGAUUUUUUUCCUCCAUUAUCAUAGAUUUGACUGAAUAUUAGCAAUUUAUUUGAAAAAUCGAUACUUGAUGAAUGAAAUGAUACGAUCACCAGACAAAAUAUCACAAUACUAUACUGUAUCGAUUUUUUCUCCCACCCCUAACAAACAUACAGGUAGUUGGUGUCCAGACUAGUCAAACUCUUAGGGCACUGCUGUGUUAUCACCUCCUUUAACUCAUACAUCCUGCUGCUUCAGGAGAUUAUAUUAGCUUUACCAGCUCUACUGGUACAACUCAUUGUUUUGGGAUUUCAUCUCACCUGCUCACCUGCAUUAUAUCAUAUAUAUAAAUAAAUAAAAAGAAGUUUUGUCAGCUGUUUCUAUUUGUUUUAGCUGCUAAAUAAUUCUUUUAGCAUCUAGCUAGGGAUGCACCUCUGUGAAGUGUAACAAUUAAGCAGUGAAAUACAGUCAAGUUUAAUUAAAGUUCAUGAAAAAUGACAAAUAUAAAGUUUUUUAAAGUUAGUACAUUAAAAUCUAAUCACUUAAUCACAUUGAUGCAAAGUUAUAUCAGUGCUAUCCUACAUUCAGCAGCUAGAGCACAGUGUACUUAAGAGUCGAGGCCAAACAGACCAAAAGUAAAGCCCCAAAUAUGACUCUAAAUCACUGCUCGCUGUUUAUGCGCACUGCUGUUGGGAUAUAUUCAAAGUUUGCCAUAUAACCUUUUAAGUUGAUACUUUAAGUCAGUGUUGUGUUUACAACUUGUUUCCACAGUCAAUGCAGCUGUUAAAUUUUUGAAGGCUAAUCCUAAAUAUAUCUGAUAAGGGAUUAAUUUAAUCCGCCGCAAAGACGGGGUUUUGAAUCGACAGUCGGACUUACUUCUUGAUGCAGAUUUGAUAAAAAGCAACUGAAACAAAAUGCUAUUGUUUAUUACCUGAGGGGGAGGGUAUUAAAUCAUAUUUCAUUUUUUAGUGUUUAUUUGGUUUGGUACUCAACACACACACUCACACCAGUUUCCCAUCUCUCCAAGUCCAUAUUUAAAUCGUCAAAUUCCCCCUGAUCCCACCUCUUCUCAGAAGCACAGCCCACAUUGACCUAAUGGUAUGUUAAAGCACUGUAGAUUGACUUCCACCAGUGAGUGGAUCAUGGCUCUGAUCUCUCUGCCACGGCUUUACUCUCCUAAAUACAUGCUAAUUGAUCGGCUCCUGCCACCGUCAGCAGCACGCUUGCAGUCGACGCCGGUGCACAGAUCGAGUUCUGCAGCAGGAUUAAGUACUGUGUGAAUGGAUUAGCAUCCUUAAACACACACCAGCAGAUCACAGAGGAUGCUGUUUGUUCCCCUUUGUUUCCUCUAUCCCUUAGUUAAAUACGGACUCACAGGCAGGUAGUGGGCUGUGUUUGUUCACAGUGUGGGCUUCUCUGAUGAACACCCCCGCAGUGUUGACCAAAGCGAUUAGUCUGUGUUUUUAUGAGCCACCCAUGAAGAGUUGUACUCAAUUUAAAUAGGUUAGCAGAAUGAGAGCAGCAUACCUGCAGAUGAAAUGACUUCCUGCAUGCACCUCUGUUGGAUUUCCAUCACAGGAGAAGCAAGUUGAUUUCUUGCAUUGACUUAAAAUGCUGAAACCUGAUUCGCACUGUUAAUAGCAUUUCCGACGGAAGGUACAGGAUGUAGAAAUGAGAAUAUAUUAGUAAUAUUAGUAAUCAGAUUCGCUCCCCUGCCCAACCCUCCUGACAGCGGUCCUGGAGGACAAGAAGCUCUUGUGAUGCAUGAUAAGUAUGAUCCUUAUUUUUUACCAUUACAAACGUCCAUCAGAAUAAAUGCUUCCUCUUUAUCUUCCAACUGGUGCAUUUCCAACAGCUGCACAGUUAAUUAAAAACAGAGCAUGAUAAUAGUUUGUCUGUUAAGUGCUACGCUAGAAACAUGGUAAUGCAAGAUGGUGGCAGCCAUAGAAGAGGAACUGCUGCUUUGUAGAUUUAGUGAUCAAAUCUCCACCCUACCUACAAAGACUUCAUACACUUAAAGGCCUUUAGGGUCAAACACACCAUAACACCGAGUUAGACACCCCCUCGAGAGAUGAAUGUUGCCGACCGCUUGCUUCUCUAGUUAUACCAACUUUAGUAAUGACCGCACGAUAGCAAUACACAGCAGUCUGAGGAGCCAUAAACAAACCUCAACCAAAACGCCACUCUAUAGCCACAAAUAAUGCUCAGAACAGCACCUAACUUCAUCAACAGUAACUAUAGGGUCCCAGCCAUAGCACUAGCCACCAAACAUCUUUUUAGCUUUGCCUGAUUUCUUUAGCAAAGACACUUAACACAACUCACCUACUCUCUUCCAGCGGCCGCUUGUUUGUAGCAAGACCUCGGGCCAGUCCAUUACGGACUGCUGCGGGGUGACGCAGCUCAUGGAAAAACAUUUAUGAUAAUUUCUUUAUCAUUUCCUUGAAGUAAUAAUCACCAUAUUAAUCAUUUUGUACUGGAGACGCGGUAGUUCUUCUGCCUUAGUGUCUGAUUAAUUUUACACCGGAAUAUCCCUUUAAGUUUGCACCCAUACCCCUCUUUCACUGGGAACAAAAAUUGAGUGUUGGUUGGAAGCAAACACAAUUAAACUCGAUGAAAUCCCCCCAUUAACUUUUAAUAUGCACGUUGGCUGUGGGGAACUUUUGUAGGUGGAGAUUGUUACAAAAACUUUUAAAUAAAACGUGUCCUUCUCUCAGAUUGAUUUCUAAAUUUUUUCCAGUGACAAAAACCAAACAAGGCGUACAAUGUGACUCAAUCAUCCGAAGAAUUUAACGUCCCUUUUUUUGAGAGGUUUGAUGCCAAUCUGCUUGUUUGUCACAUCAAACCUGUCCUCCCUUCUCCGCCCUCCUACACUCAUCCUCUCCCCCCUUCUCUGGCUUUUUCCUUUCAUGGAUCGUGAUUUCAUGCAGGAGGGGGAACGCAGCUGAGGGCCUGCUGAGAUCACGUUAGGGUCCGGGAUAUCGCCACAGGCUGUUAUUUGUAUAAACACACAGAGGAGUCUGGCGGGUUUUGGGCUCAACUGUUUUCUCAGAAGUCAGCUGUCUUUUGUCAUCCGCCAGCGUCUGCUCGCACAGUUAUCAAUCUCUGAUGAUUUAUAUUCACACGUCAAGCAAACAAGACUCCUCCAUCCCUCUCCUUGUUUUUCAUGUUGCUGCGCUCUUGUUCAAACAGAUUUUUUAAUCACACAUCUUGGUCAAAAAGACGUGAUUUAUUUUAAUGACUCCUGUCAAAAGUUAAAUUAAAAACAGAGGCUGAAGAAGCAACAAUUGUAGAUGAUUCAUAUUAAACCACAACACCAACACUCAGCCCUACCUUUUAGUAGCGUUGUGUUUGUUAUUGGAAAAUGCCCUAUUGUAGUCCAGGGGCAGCUGGAAAACACAGACCCCCGAGGCGAAGACCUUCACCCAUGAUCUCAAAGCCGCAGCUUGCUAUGUCUGCGUCUGCAAUUGUGUCUGUUUGUGUGUGUUUUUACUCAUUCUGACUGCCGAGCUCUAAAUGAGGUGCUCUGAGCUUUGGUAAACCCUCGCUCUCUCUCUCCUCACCUUACUCUUCCCUCUCUUUCUGAUAGCACCCCAGGCCCCGUAAAAACACUGAGGCAGAAGGAGGAGUAUUAGUUGGCAAGCUGACCACAUAGAGCGAGCAAGGUUACACCAAAACCUGCAAUGCUGGGAGGAUUGUAUAAAGAUGCUUGAACAGGAGCUCAACCUUGCUUCUAAAACCCAUAUUUUUUACACUUGUCUUGUUAAAAAGUGGAAAUUGGUUGUUUACCCAUCAGUUUAAUGUUUUAUUAAACUUGACAGUUGUUUCGUUCUUGGAAAAUAGUCUGCAAAAAGGAGUUCAUGUGUCUUGUUAGGCAGCUGAAGUUUCUGUUCAAGCUUAAGGGAGGUUUAGGUGUGAAAGGGUAAACAUCCAGCAUGUUGAAUACUUGACAUUAAUAGAGCAGAAGUUUUUGCAUUUACUCCCAAGUCUGGGUAAAAAACGUGGACAACUGUUAUCUCACAAGGUUGGGAAACUUUUUUUCAUCCAUCAGGAACAACUUCCCCAGGAUUACAGUAAUAACCUUGUGGGGAAAUGGAUUUUAUAAUUACCUGUGAAAUGUUUGGAUGUGUCACUGCAAUCCCGCACAGAGAGGAGCUGGAGGGAUUUGUGUCCAGCGGUACCCUGAGCCACCUCAAGGUGUGUUUCUCCAGAGACGGCCAGGGUGAGGACGGACGACCCAGAUACGUCCAAGACAACCUGCUAAUUAACAGGCAACAUGUCAUGGACGUCCUGCUCAAACAGAAGGGUUGCCUCUUCGUCUGCGGGUAAGUCUGACACUGAGAAUAAUAAAAAUACAUUCAUCUCUGUGUGCACCUGGCAUGGAGGUGUCAUGUCGUGGCACUUUGGUGUGAAAAAGCAGCCCAGCAUGUCUCUGUUAUCAGUCAGGGCUUUUUUUCAGCUCUGGGAGGAGAUCUGCUCAUCUGAUCUAUUUUUAAAAGUGUCUCUGAUGUCAGGAAUGAACUUGUAAAUCAGAACAGAAGCCUUUGUUUGUUCGGAGUUGAAACAAUGCCAUAUUGAACCAAGUUUCAUUGAUUGGUCUUCUCAUUUUAAGGGGAACAUUUGCUGCAUUCCAGUUACCUCAGAAGUCGGACGUCGGAGCUGGGAAUGACGUUACACCCGAAUUGAUAGAGUUCAGUUAAUAAGUCGGAAAACCAAGAUGGACGCCUACUGUUAGCUGUUGUUAGCCGUUGUUAGCUUUACCAGUUGUAAAGGACGCAUAACACAGUAUUUUACUCGUACAAACACCAGAUUUAAAAGUGCAGCCUAAAACAUUGAGAGCGCCCCCUACUGAUUGGCUGCAGUUGAGUUCAUAGAGCCUCUUCCUCCAUGUAAGCAGAUGGGACAUGGGUCAGGAUCAAAAAUCCAAAUACAAUCAUCCAUUUUCAUCAUUUUUUAUGCCGAUUCAUGCUCUGCUGUUUAUUCGAAUGAGAGGUUAAACCGUCGUUAGUGAUUUGAUGCCAUGACUAACAGCUCGAUUAACAAAUGUGGCCCUCAUGGCGCUGUGUGCACUGGAUCGGCAGAAUAGGAGAGGCAGGGUAGGAGUAAACAUACUGAGUCAUUGAACUUUCUGUAGACUGAGCUGACCUGGGGGGUCUUUUGCCUUUUGAUCAGACAGGUUCACGCACGUUUUGGUUUAGGAGUGUCCUGAAAAUGACUGAUCUGUAAGUCAUCUAGAGGGACAUUUUAAUUCUGUAUAAGAAAGGGGAUAAUUAGUCAGGGGUCAGAUUUUAGAUUGAAAUGUUCCCCUGCUCCCCUCCCUCACUGGUGAAGCCACUGUGGCCUCCAGUGACUUCUGUAAUGCUGCCAAAUACUUCACACUGCGCCUUAAAUGGCGAUUCACAGCAUUUUACAACAAUCUAGAAAUAAAGGAGAAGAGUGUAUGUUGGGAAAUGUAGCCUCUCAUCAGCUCAUAUUAUUCAGGCUACCAGAAUAAACAACUGUCACACUGUUUCACAGCCAGGAAACAUCGCCAACGGGGAGAGACAGACCAAAAAAAAAAAAAAAAAACCUUGUUGUGCUGCUUAACAACUCACUGCCUGUAGACAUGCUGCAGUGGGCAGUGGAAGGUGUUGGAGACAUUACGUAGCUGGGAAGCAAUUCAGUGCCAGCUACUUCUGCCAACCUCACCUGUCGGCUGAGUUCUGCUCCCAGCGGGGCAAAUAAUUCAUAAAGAAUUCACAAAAGUUGCUGAAGUGCCUUGCUUAAAGCCAAGUUCCUUGAAAACCCUGUCUCUAACUCCCUCUGCUAUCGCUGACUUAACACUGAUGCAACACCUUGUACAGUUUGAGGCAUUUAUUUUGUAUACAUAUCUCCUUUCCCCCUGUUUCCAUAUCACAACACGGUGUAUUGCCAGAGUAAAACAGCAAGACGAAUCAAAAUACACCCGGGCAUAUAGCGAGUCAAGUCAGGUCAACAUUCCUAUAUUGCUUUAUAUCACUCUUUCUAUCCAGAGUUGUCGUCUUUCAUCACUGCCAGACCGCUCAGCCCACCUUUUCAGUAAAUGAUCUUUGAAACAUCAGAGCUGGCUGAAUCCCUCAGAGUCAAAAACUUCACUUUGAGUCCACAGGAUGAUGAAUCUCUCACAAUGUGCUGCCACAGCAAGAUAGAGAUUUCAGCAAUUUCCUUUCAGGAUGCUCUGCUGGACUGGCAGCACUUGCUGCUUCCACAAAAAACGGGCUUGCCUCUGUGCUUUGUAAUGCGAUUUUUCUAAUACUCUUUUCUUCCACCAGAGAUGCUAAGAACAUGGCUAAGGAUGUGAACGACACCCUGAUAGAAAUGAUCAAGACAGAGCUCCAGGUUGAUCAACUUGACGCCAUGAAGACAGUAGCGGGGCUGAGAGAGGAGAAACGCUACUUGCAGGACAUCUGGGGCUGACAGCGGAUGACAAGAUAAGGGAGCUCUGCGGCAUCCACUCGGCUCUUUUACACCUUAAAGAAAAAAAAAAAAACGCCUUCUCAGCUGUAACCCCUAGGACUGUAAAAUUGCGGAUUCUGAAGCCCAGACUUGGUUUACACCAGCCUUUGCCUCAAAGAUGGAAUGAAGCUUGCUGACCCGGGGAUAUCGGUCCACUACAUCAUCUCAGGCUUUGCUGUUUGAUCAGAAGUGACCUUGGUCAGGGCAGUGGUGCUGGAGAUUGGUCCCUCAGUGUGAAAAUGCUUUUAGCGUCGACAAGCCUCUUUCCCUGCCUUCGUCCUGUCUGGGGAAAAGGCAUUUACUUCCGUCCACUGUGAUGGAGUGACUUUGAUGAGACCAAGAGCAGGAUAUAGCUGCAGCCUAAAUGGAAACAACGGGGCAAUUUUAAACAACAUACGAACCGCAAAUUGUUUAUUGUCAUUCAGGCAAAAAUGAAACUGAUUUUAAAGUCACAAAGUAAUUCUUUGGAUGUUUCACAGUGCCUCUGAAUGCAUCGGUUUAUCUCCAAAAUCGUGCUGACAUAAUGUUCUGUAAUUUCUGAGUUCAACUAUUGUCAGAAGAUUUAAAUUAAAGUUCAUUUUCCAACUGUU